AUGCUACCAAAACAAGUGGCCGAAAAAUUGAAAAUGGGUCAAUCUGUCGAGCCAGAAUCUUUCGAAAGCGUCACGAUUUUCUUCUCCGAUGUUGUCCAGUUCACUAAUUUGGCCGCUAAAUGUACUCCACUGCAGAUCGUCAAUUUGCUCAACGACUUGUACACGAUGUUUGACACGAUCAUUGAACAGCAUUCUGUUUAUAAAGUGGAAACGAUAGGUGAUGGUUAUCUGUGUGUAUCGGGUCUCCCCUACCGUAAUGGCAUUCAACAUGUUCGUGAAAUCGCCGAAAUGUCGCUGAGCUUUUUGACCGUCGUACAGGCAUUUCGGAUUCCCCAUCUCCCAUCCGAAACGAUCAAUCUUCGAAUCGGAAUGCAUUCGGGCUCUUGUGUAGCUGGGGUUGUCGGUUUGGCUAUGCCAAGAUAUUGUCUAUUCGGAGACACCGUCAACACAGCUUCCAGAAUGGAAAGCAACGGAAAACCUGGCCGAAUUCACAUCUCUGGCGAAGCGGAGGCUCUGUUGAGACAAGUGGGAGGAUAUGAGACAGAAACGAGAGGAGAAGUCAUCAUCAAGGGCAAGGGCGUGAUGGAGACUUUUUGGUUGAACGGUCGAUCAUCGACGGGAUCCUCUCACAAUCAGCCUCGUCUCUUACGCCGCUCCUCACCCCUCCAAACAUCCACAAAUACUCGUCUCUUCCAUUCUCGUGAACCCACUUCCCCAAUGCAAAAUGAGAGGUCAAUGAUAUCAACUGAUCAACCAAUUCUACCCAAUUAUGAUGAGGCUGAAGGAAUGUAUCGAAAAGCGAAUCCGAGAAAAAACAGC